UCCCCGUCCCCCUCCCGCUUCAUUCUCCCACCUCCACGGACUUCCCGAAGAUUGAUUGACAGAUCAUCCCUUUCGUUAUGACGUCACCAACUCUAUCAGCCAACGAGGUGGCGACGCUGGUCGAGGAGGCGGAGUCAAGGAUUCGCCCAUAUAUUUUGGCCACGCCCCUGCUCCCUGCGACGGCUAUGUCCCGUGAACUUGGCGUUGAUGUCUAUCUGAAAUUAGAGAACGAGCAGGUGACCGGCUCGUUCAAGGCCCGGGGUGCGUUCAACAAGACGAGCAUCUUGGCGAACGAAGGCGUGACGUCACUCAUCACUGCUUCUACCGGGAACCACGGACUUGCUUGUGCGGCGGCAUUCAAAACGAUGGGCGUGUGUGGGCGUGUGGUGGUCCCCGUUACAGCUGACCCCGAGAAGAAACAGAAACUGAAGGACGCCGGCGCGGAACUCCUGGAGCACGGGAACGACGCAGCUCUCGGGGAAUCCUACGCCAGGAGUUUAGCCGAAAAGGGGGGCGUUCCCUUCCUCUCGCCUUAUAAUGAUUAUCAUGUGUUGGCGGGACAGGGAACCAUUGGCAAGGAGAUCCUGCAGGACCUGGACGGUGUGGACGCCAUCUUCGUGUCCGUGGGGGGCGGGGGUCUCGUCUCCGGGAUCGCCGCUUACGUCAAGGCUGAGAGACCGCAGUGCAAGAUCGUCGGGUGUUCGCCAAGGAGGUCAAAGGUCAUGCAUGAAUCCGUAAGAGCAGGUCACAUCAUCGAGGAAGAGAGUGAAGACACCUUAUCAGACGGAACGGCAGGCGGAGUCGAGAGGGAUUCAGUGACCUUCCCCCUGUGUCGUGACCUCGUUGACCGCUGGGUGUUAGUGGAAGAGGAAGAGAUUGCCCAGGCUGUCUAUUAUUGUCUGAAGCAACACAAGAAAGUUGUUGAGGGUGCAGCUGGUGUGGCUCUCGCAGCUGUAAAGAAAACAGCUGAUUGCUACAGAGGGCAGAAGGUUGUAGCCGUAAUGUGUGGGGCCAACAUCAGUAUGGCUAAUCUAAAAACUAUUAUCAAUACUUAUGCAUAAGCAAUUCCUUUCUAAAUUUAUCUUCUCCCUUUCUCUUUCUCUCUCUCAAUCAAUCCCAUUCGCUCUAUUAGUUUUCUGACUGAUUUCAUUACUAUUUGGAGAUUGCAACUUACAAUGUAACAUAUGCAUAAACAUAUUAGGUUGAAGAUACUCUCAAGUAUAUAAACAUGUACAGACGUAAUGUUUUUAUUUACAACAGACUUAAUGCGUUUGUUACGGAACGCAUUAUUAUAAAAACUUACAAAAAGUUUGAAACAGUCAACACAAUGAUUACAAAUGUAAGAAAAAACUGUGAAAGUG